AGAUGCCCGUUUCCGCUUUCUUCCCGCCCACUUCCGGGUUGCCUCUGUUUACGAAAGUUUGGGCGCGAAUUACUCUAAGUGAGGCUCCCAGAAGGGUGCAAGAAGAAUCAGUGGAGUCCUACUCACUCUUGUGCCCACAUAGAGGUCUAAAUAGAGAUCAUUGAGUCCCAUGAGUAUCAACAAGCUGCACUGUGUUUAGAUCAAGAUGUCUGGUAAAGCAAAUGCUUCCAAGAGAAACUUACAACAGUUAAAAAGAAAUCCAAAGAGAAAAAAGGAUAAUGAGGAAGUUGUGUCGUCAGAGGAAAAGGUUAGAAACACAGUGAAAAGAAAUAAAAAUCAUCUAAAAGAUCUGUCUUCUGAAGGACAAACAAAGCACACUAACCUAAAACACGUAAAAAUAGCAGCCAGCAAGAGAAAAACCUGGCAACCUUUGUCAAAGAGUACCAGAGACCAUUUGCAAACUAUGAUGGAAUCAGUAAUAAUGACAAUUUUGAGUAACAGUAUUAAAGAAAAAGAAGAAAUACAAUACCAUCUCAACUUCCUGAAGAAAAGAUUUUUACAACUGUGUGAAACUCUGAAAGUCCCUCCCAAAAAGAUGGAAGAUUUAACUAAUGUGUCAAGUCUACUGAAUAUGGAAAGGGCACGAGACAAAGCUAAUGAAGAAGGUCUGGCAUUACUACAGGAAGAAAUAGAUAAAAUGGUAGAGACCACAGAGUUAAUGACUGGGAAUAUUCAGAGCCUAAAGAACAAAAUUCAGAUUCUGGCAAGUGAGGUGGAAGAAGAAGAGGAGAGAGUAAAACAGAUGCAUCAAAUAAAUAGUAGUGGAGUACUCUGUCUUCCAGAACUUUCUCAGAAAACUCUCAAAGCACCCACACUUCAGAAAGAAAUUUUGGCACUAAUUCCAAACCAGAAUGCUCUUCUAAAGGACUUGGAUAUUCUUCAUAAUUCAUCACAGAUGAAGAGCAUGUCAACCUUCAUUGAAGAAGCCUAUAAGAAACUGGAUGCCUCUUAAAGAGUUUUUUUUUUUUAGAUUGUUCCAUAUUAAUUUAAUGUUCAUGAAUUUGUAAAACUGUUAACCUAUGAUUAUAUGUACAGAGGCUAAAGCUUCUGCAGGAUUUAUUAUCUCCUGAUACGCACUUUAAAAUUAGUCUUUGUAGGUCUAUCAUUAGCAUCUAAUGUAGUUCUGAAAACUGUUUUUAGCAGUUGCCAAAUCUAGGAAACUGACAUUUAUAUUGCUGUAUCUAUAAGUAUUUGCCUAAAACCAUAAAAUAGGAAUUGCCUUAAGGAUCUAAUAGUUUAUAAUGCCUGAAUGGAACUCAUUUAUUGGUUAACAGCUCAUAUCAGGAGCUAUGAUAAGUAAGUGUUUACAUAUAGUGUCUAGUGCAUAAAAACCUCAGUGUUUGCUAUCAUUCAUUCUGUAGCCAAUGGCUUACAGUUUCUGUCUGGUCAUCUGGAACUUGAAAAAUCCUCAAAUGCCUUCACUCUUUUACCUAACUCCCUAGUCUUUUUGGGAAGUAGCUAAGAUAUGCCUGGUAUCUUUAACUUUGGAGGUAGUAUCAGAAUUUUACUUCUUUGGUUGUUUAGUGAAUUAAUGUUGAAUAUUUUCUACUGUCAUCAAAACAUAUUCCCAAAAAGUAUUAAAAAGGAACCUUAGCACAUUUAUUUUAUUAAAACAAAAAAAACCCCAAAAUGUAUAAACCUUUUCUCAUUAUGAUAAUAAGCUUAUAUAUGUGAAUAAAUUAUAACCUAAUGUAUAAAAAAUUAUUUCUAACAAACUACA